AUAAUCAUGGAAAUAUACAUGACAAACUAGAAAAUAAUUCAAACAUGAAAUAGUAGAAAGUCGUAGAAAUUACAUAAAAUACUGGAAUAACUAAAAAUGAAGCCAACGGACUUGGAAAAUGGAAAACUAUAUUUGUCCCGAAUAACUUUAUUUAAAGAAAAAAUCGAAAACAAUGAUAUGCCAAAAACCAACAAAAUGACAAAGUCUGAUAAACAGCCACAAAAGAAAAGGAGAAAUUUUACACUUGAUUUUAAAAUAAAAUGGACGUGUGACUAUAAUAAAAUAACUUUGAUAAAUGUAUUUGAAAAUUUAGAACAAAGUAAUGAUACAGCCGCAUCGCAUGUGACAUAAUUGAAAAGUUGGGCUAUGCAUGAUAUGUGACUGGAUUUAUAAUAAUAAUUUUUUGUUGUUGUUUUAUUCAAACGGAGUGUUUGACGUGAAUGCAUGUUGUGUUUGAAAGGCCUCCGAAGCCAGCGACACCACCAAAGAUUGUGGUAGUUACGAGGAAGUUCAACCCAAGCGUAUGUACUUGCGGCGAACACGAUUAUGUUCCACAUUACAGAAUGGAAACGGAAGUUGUUUGGUCAAGUAAAGAAGUCAAAAAGGAAGAACACAGAGAGUUUAACCGAAAGAUUCAAGACGAAAAAGUCAAAACAAGAAAACAGCAAUAGCAGUGAGGACGAUGGAGACAGCGAUGAUGAUGGUGGAGCUGGUGGAGAUGGUGGUGAUGACAGAGAUGAGGAAUUGAAGAAGGACGCAUCCUCUGAAAAGAAGGUAGAUGAUAAUAAAUGUAUGGUCAAUGGAUGAAUGAUAUCAAAGUUUGACGGCUGACCAGUGGUAUCUUCCCGAUGACUGGAGAUCAAAGAGCAUAUGAAUAUGAAGCAUAUAUUGAAACACGAAGAGAUCAUUUGAACCCAAAAAGUGACAGUGGUAUACAAGAAGUGUCAGAAGCGGGCCAAGUGAGAAAUGAUCAGAUGUCUAAAAUGGCAAAGGUUGGACAAGAAUGGAAUCAAAUUGACACUGAUAAUAUCCAAGAGUUGGAGAAAUCCCGAGAUCUUACGAAUGAAGAAGGGAUGGAGAUGCAGCAUGAAUCAGAGAACGACGAAGAUAUGAAACGGGAUCGAAUAAAGAUUUGUGACACGGUACGAAGUGAAUUUAACGACAUAUCGUCAAAGACAUGCAAUGUGGGUGGUACAUUAAAUGGAGAAGAUAUGGUCCAGAAGACUGAAGACACUACACAGUUGGGACAGAACAGCAAUGAUGUUGGUACUGGAGGAAACGGUCUUGUUAGUUUACCAAGAUUCAGCAACCUUGCAAAGUCAGACACAUCUGAAACUCAUGUGUCAGAAGUAAAAGAACCUUUCAUUAGACUGACUGUAGACGACGAAGAAUUUGGUUCAGCUUUUGGUAUCAUGAGUGUGUAUUGUGACAGUGAACUACAUACUGCAUGGUACGUUAGUAAAAUUACAUUUUAUGGUGUGGGGUGAAAAACAUUAUUUUUACAUCUAAAACUUAUUUACAUUUGUUACAUUUAGUUUAGGAAAUUAAGUAUGCAUUGUAUUUUAUGAAUAAAGAUGCAAAUACUGGCAUUACCUACCUACGAGAUUACAGUCGAAACUUUUAAAUUCGCCCAAUUAAUGCAAAAUGAAUAGAAAAAAAAGAAACAUUUAUCUGUCGCUUUGUCUAUUUACUGUAAUAAUGACAGCAAUGAUUACUGUUGAUUUCCUUUUACUUUUUUUCAGGAAAGGAGAGCGCGAAUUCCAGGAUCGCUGAGAAAAAAACGUGAAUUUUUGAACGGUACAUUAAAGAUAAUUGUUUUAACCA